AUGGUAGAAGAGAAAGCCAACCUCGCCGGAACAAACACCGGAAAUUUAAGACUCCGGCAUGCGACUGAUCAAAUCUCUUCUCUAAUCUUCCUCUCUCACUCAACCAAAGUCUUUUCAUCAAAAUGGAAAGUGAUAAGAAGCAAGCUAGACGAGAUUCUCUCCAUCCUCGCCUCUCUCCCUCAGGAAAUUCAAGCUUCGGCCGACAACCACCCAACUCUCUCCGGCAUCAUACGGUCCAUUAAAGAAACAACAGAUUGUUCCACCAAUUUGGCUCAGAAAUGUAUCGAACAUUCCUACAGUGGGAAGCUAUUAAUGCAGAGUGAUCUUGAUAUUAUUUUUGUGAAAUUCGACAGUAGCGUUAAGUCUUUGUCUGAAUUUAUUAAUUCAGAGGGGCUUUUAUCAAAUGGUAAUUACGCAAUUGUCGUUUCAAGACCUCCACCCGCAGCAUCUAGAGAUGACAUCCAGUUUUAUGUUAAAGAUUUGUUAUGCAGAUUCAAGAUUGGUCGCAUUGAGAUGAAGAAACAAGCUCUGAAAUCGAAAUUCAAGAAAGAGGCAUUAAAAUCGGUGGCUACGCUUUCUGGGUUUGAUUCAUACAAGAGUGUUUUGGUAGGAACCGGUGUCAUUUCCCCAUUGAUUAGAGUUUUGGAGACUGGAAGUGAUUUGGGGAAAGAACUGUCCACCAGGUGUUUGAUGAAAGUCACAGCAAAUUCCGAUAACGCAUGGUCCGUUUCCGCUCAUGGUGGGGCAUCUGCAUUAUUAAAGAUUUGUGGGAGUGGUUGUGAUGAUGCUGCUGGUGGAGAAUUGGUAGGUUUAGCAUGUGGGGUGUUGCGAAAUCUCAUAGGUGUUGAUGAAAUUAAAAGAUUUGUUGUUGAAGAAGGCGCAAUACCAAUGUCCAUCAAGCUUGUUAAGUCCAAAAACGAAGCUUCUCAAAUAAGUGCCAUCGACUUCAUUCAAGUUUUAGCUUCUGGAAACGAAUUUAUAAGAGGUUUGAUUGUAAACGAAGGUGGGAUUCGUGUUCUUGUUCGUGUACUCGAUCCAAAAUCUUCAUAUUCAUCCAAAUCCCGAGAGAAAUCCAUGAGGGCUUUAAUAAUCCUAUGUUCAGAUUCAAUUGGGUACAUAAACAGUUUGAAAAAUUACAACUUUAUCGAUCAUUUACUUUAUUUUCUUAAAAACGGUGAGGUUUCAAUCCAAGAAUCAGCCUUGAGAGCUGCGUUUUUGGUUAUGUGGGUCUUCCGAUGA